AUGUACCACAACCAUUGUCAUAUGGAAACGCUCUUUCCCGUCCUUGAAAGAGCUGGUCGUAGGAAACUCGCCCAUGGCAUGACGUCAUCACUUGCAAAUCUUGAAACCGCUCGUCGGCGCGGUGCUCGCCUCCAUGUCCAGCACCCGCCACGUGCUGUCACCCAGUACUAUUGUAGAUACCAAGUCGCACAAAGCAGGCCAGGUUCCGUCCUAGAAUCCAUUGUGUUCCCGACGAAGCACCUGCCGGGUCUUCUCCGUGUCAGCCGUUGCUGGUGUGACGGCCAGCGUCCGGACGAACGGCGCCGCGCCGAGGGGCGGUCGCUGUGCACCUGGCCGCCCAUCUCGUGCCGUCGAGCCGGCGCCGGGCAUCCGGUUCUGCGGCACGGCACGCGCCAGGGCCAUUCACUGUCUUUGCCUGCAUCCCGUACGGCCGCCGGCGCACGAAUAGGUCGUUUUGUCCUCGCGGUUUAUGUUUUCGGAUUAUCAUGUCCGCGGCGCAUCCCAAGCACGAGCUUCUUCACGAGGCUCGUCCUCUGCUUCUGCUGCGCUGGCGCUGGAGGCGGGGCCAGCUCGAUCCUGUUCACGGUUUCCUGCGCCAGGCGACCAGAGCCUAGGCCUUCUGCUUGCUGCCGUUUGGUCGGCGGAGAUGACGCCUCCGCGGGGAGAAACCCAUUGAGGCGUUGCGGCUAUAGCUUGGCGCAGCAGAGUUGCAUUAUGUGUGGUCUUUCUGAAGGCAGUGAUUGGGAAGUUGUCUUCUGGCUAUUAAGACUUGAUCUAGAACAGGCUGUUGGCGUCGGGGUAUCCUCUUAUGGUUGUGAAUUAAUUUAUCGAGUUGCUCUUGGCCGUCUUGGCGGCCCGCCACUCUCGCAACCCGACGCGGUGAUUUUUACGUGCCUCGGGCCUAGCAAUCGUGUAUACCAAUCAACUACGGCUGCCGAUAUAUACAACUCCUUGGCUACAGAUCACCACGAAGACAAGACUGAGCCUGAAGUUGACGGCGAAUUCAAGUAG